CAAAUCAAACUCACCCAACACCACCAAGCAGUUGUGUGGAAAGAGAGAGAGCGAGCGAGGAGGAUGAGAAGCAGAGAUGUGUUCAGGGACAGAGAGCCACUCCAUCACCACAGAGUGACGAUGAAGAGGGUUCAGUAGAGGACGAAUCCAAAAUGUCUCCCCAAAGAGGAGGCUGGUGAUAAGCAUCUGAACAGGAGCCAUGAGGGUUCUGACAUCCAACUUGUUCGCUCUGCUCUUCCUGGGCGCCUUCGCGGGGGUUUUCUACGUCUGGAGCGCACUGGAGGACCGCUUGGAGCGACACAAACGGGGCUUCGGGGCUUUUUACCCCAAAUUGCUAGUGGACCUCACAGCUAAAACUUCCCGGGCUCUGCUUACGGUCCCGGUGGCACAAAGAACCGGAUCCGAACUCAAGGCUUACAACCUGAGUGCGGCCUCAGGGGGAAGUCGAGAUGACAAUGUGAGUGGGAAUACGACGACUCGGCGGGGGGUAUCGGUCAAGUUGGACUCUCCUUUGGAGGAUGGGAUAUUUUGGAGCGGCUGGCUGGAGGGUCUACUCCCGGUUGGCUUCACGGAGGAAUACGCCCGGACUUGGCGAGGCAGGGCGAGGACAGCGCCGGUAGUGAAGCUGGAGCCAGGAUGCGGUAGGGUGUCCAAUCAGCUCGCUACGUUCGCAGAUGGCUCCAAAGCGUGCGUGCGUUACGGCAUCAACGCGGACCAGGUGCAAGGUGAAACUUUGACGUAUUACCUGGCGUGUUUGCUGGGCAUCACAAACCUGCCGCCUUUGGUGCUGUCCCAACUCAACACUUACAAUGAACAAUGGGCGGCUGUGAGGACGCACGUAGAGGGAUUACAAUGGAACGAGCGCGCCGUGGUUUCCCUCACCGAGUGGGUCUCCGACCUGAGCGGGGUCGUCACACCUGCUCCGCUCAGGCAGGAGAGCAGCGGGCUGCACCCGCAGCUCCGGAACAAAACGACAGCGGAGCUCUUGGAUCUCAUGCAGUGGAGCGACCUGAUCAUAUUUGACUAUCUGACAGCCAACUUUGACCGGCUGGUGAGCAAUCUGUUCAGCCUCCAGUGGGACCCCCGCAUCAUGGAGAGGGACACCAACAAUCUCCUAAAAACACCCCGCGGGGACCUCGUCUUCAUCGACAACGAGGCCGGGCUAGUGCACGGCUUCCGGGUGUUGAACAUGUGGGAGAAAUAUCACCAGACGGUGCUGAACUCCGUGUGCGUGUUCAGGAAGAGGACGGCGCAGCGUGUGGCUGAGCUGCACCGGCGCAGGGACGCCAGGAGAAGGCUGCUGGAGCUCUACAGAGACAGCGAGCCUUUGUCCACCAAGUUGGGGUUCCUUUCUGACGAGCACGCCUCCGUGCUUCAGGACAGGAUAGGGAUAGUGUACACACAUAUUUCACACUGCAAAGAGAAGUAUGGCCAGCUGUGAGCAUGUCAUGGAUUGUGCCGUCUCCAAACAUGAGCAACUCCACCGGGACACAUUUUGUCUUGAUUAUCCAACUGAACUACCUCUUAGGGAUAAAAUGCAAUGCGUAUUUGAUAUUACUAUUUGUAUAUGCCUAAUUCCCAGCAGAUUUGUCUCACAUUAUGAAGUCCUCUUUGUACAGUGUUGUACAUUCACUUUAAUGAGGAACACUUGUAAAGAAUAGACUACACUAGUGACUGGGGUAACGUCAUGUAGCCCCUCAUGUUGUAUAUGCGUUUAAAUUGUUGCCUUGUGGUAUAUAAUCUUCAAGAUGGACUCCCAAGCCUUAAUAUUUACAGUCCAUUAUGAAAUAAUACUGUCUUUCUGUUAGAAUCCGGUCGCUUUUAUAGAAAAUCCUUUUGCACAAUAAGUUGUCAUAGGCAGUACGUGCACUCUUGUAAUAUUCCUUUUUUUAUUCAGCCUUAAAAAGGUAGCAUAUUCAUUGUGAAUACUGUAAUGUUGUAAUUAUUGUACAGCAACUUGUGUUUAAUUGUAACAUUCCAUAAGAUCCCUUUUUCUCUAAAAUAUACACUAAUUUAUGUUAA